AUGCUCCAAAAGAACAUUGUCGACACAAGAUCUAAGCCUGACAAUAUGAAAUGUCUAAAAAAUAAUAGUUAUGAUUUGCCGUACUCACAACUUUCCAGAUCCUGGUACAAAAAUGCUUCAACUAUAAAGCUCAGCAAUGCUAAUUCAAGAGUUUGCAACAACUCUCAAGUGAAUGAAUACACAACGACAGAAAGGAAUAAGAGAAAAAGCGAACCGAAUGCAGAUGAUGGACAAAAGAGGAGGAAAAAUGAAACAUAUUUGGACAAACCAAUUUCAUUUCCAAGCCUUUCGCGUAAAUGGUACGCAUUGCAAGCAUCAGAGAAAAAGAUUUGUUUACCACAUUUAUCAAAGAAGUGGUUUGAGAAACAAUAUCCACUACCUGGACAAAUAGAAAGUGGGAGCGUUAUUACAAAUUCCGAUCAAUCUUCGUGCACGACGUUUGGUUGCUCACGAGCAGAUAAAAAUCCGGUACAACAAACCGUUGAAAAUGAUGUUAACGGCCAAAUUCCGUACAAAUUUCUUUCCAGAAAAUGGUACAAAAGAAGAGGUGCACUUAUGCUCAAAAAUAGAAGCAGGAGCAAGCUGCUAAAAGCUGAGGGAAAUCUCGAACAAAAUAUUCAAACGCUCAAAGAAAAGAACAAAAACCUUGUUGCUGGAACGAAAAGAUAUAAUGAAAACAGGAUGAUGAUAAACGCUGGAACAUAUAUUAUAGAAAACGGUCCUUUAAUUUCCACUCAAGAGCUUGGUGUGAUUUUACUUGGAGAUAAACAUGACAAGAGUCGAAAGAAACGGAUGCCCCGCUCGUCUGAAAUUUUUAAAAGGAUACAAACCCAUUUAAAUGUCAUACAGGUCAAACUAAAAGGAAAGUCGUACAUAAUGGAAAACAGGAAUCAGAAUAUUUCCAAGAUUGCAACAACUUUGGAAGAUUUAGUUGGAAGAUGUUCACAGGAGAAUUUGAAUACUCAUAUUGAGGCUAAGAUUGGGACUCUUAUAAAAUCAGCUGUAAGGUUUACUGAUACGAAGAAAGAUCGCGAUCUAAUAAAAGGUUUAUUUGCUUCUGCAACAAGCGUAAAGUUCGUUGCAAAAAUGCUUGACGUGAAAAACAGAAACUCCAUCCGAUCUGCAAAAGAUGAGUUAGAAUUUAAAUUAUCAAAAUUCGAAGAAGUUGAAAACACGUCACAAGUCGUUAGGAAUGACAUGACAAACGAACAACAAAGAAGGUUGACUAAACGAGUAAUUGGUCAAAGGAAAAUGAAUGAGUUUAAGUUAAAGUACGAAACAAGAGGACGAACGAUGCUGGCGGACAUAUUUCCGGAACUAAAAAUUGUCCUGGAAGAGAUUUUUAAUCAUGGUAGUAAUGAAAUGCAUGGUGGUCUUGAAAGUCACCCAAGACUUACUUCAGACAUACUCUACAGAUCACGAGACAACACAUUAUUCAUGCAUCAGGCUCGUAAAAUCUUACUUCAAGUUUCACCGCCGGGAUUUGGGAUUUCACUAAAGUCGUGCUAUAAUUAUACAGAGUCCUACAAAGAUAAAACUUACUCUGCAAAACGCCAUCACGCUGGCAAAGAUGUUAAUGCAAAAAUAUCUCUCAAACGCCCUCCUAGAAUUGGUGUUUCAAAGCAUGUAAUCAACUUACACUGGACGACCAAAAAUGUAAACCUUCUUCUCGAAAGUAUGGAAACGUGUUCUGAUGACUGUGUCAUUGAUUCUAAAGAUGCAAAAGCAAUUGUGUGUGGAGAUAUUCAACCUGUCCAACACCCAGGGAAAAGUUGGAGACCUAUCACGUACGAAGAUCAUACAUUUGAUCAGAGUAGAACAAAUGCCGUUUAUCCAAUGACACAUUUAUUUAUGGAGGUACCAAAAACCAGCGUGGAUGAAGAAGUCGAAACUGUCAAAAUCACCAGAACAGGACAAGCUGCGGUUCUUAUAAACAUUGCAAUCAGUGAACCUGAGACUACCUUUCGAGCAAUGAACGAGCUAUUAUACAUGAUAACCAUACCGUCCUUGGACAAAAUUUUUAGAAAUUCAAUUUCAGGUAAAUUAAAAUCUGUCCUAUGUUUCAUUGUGGAUAAUGGACACGGUGAAGACCCCGAUAGCCCAUUGACUCAGAUGUGUAUGUCCAGGUUAUUGUACUUACUGUCUAUUAGUAAAAUCAGCCAGAAAUCUUUUGCCGAAUACCACAGUAAAAGAAACUUUGUUGAAAGAGUACAUGCAGCUGAGAACUUGGCUUUGUCGCGACAUGGACCAUUUAAUAGCAAGAAGAUUCACAGGAAUCCGGAAAUAGGAAGCGAUGAGCAUCUCGAAAAUAUGGAGCAAAUGGCGUCUGAUGUGAAGGACUGCAUUUCGCAAGCACAGUUUGCCGGACGAUUUUUGCAAUGUUUCAGAGGAAUCAAUAAAAACGGUGUUUUUGAUGACGAAAAAAAAUUGAAAGAAUUUUUAAGCCUUUCAGAAGAAAGGAAAGAAGAAUGCACAUGGGCAUACAGACCAAGGAGUGGCAGCAAUCCCUUGUUCGAAUCACUUGUCAUGGUGUGGGAUGUACCCGAAGAUUUCGAAAGGCAGUAUAUUAGCGACUAUAAUGUUGUGAUGAACAAAGGAGACAACUGUUCAGCAUGGAAAGAUAAAUAUUCCACAACACUUUAUAGCACUGUUGAUGAAUACAACUUCGAACUUCAACCUAUACCAGAUUUUGUUAAAUGGUUCGAAAGCAAAGGAGAGCUUCACUAUCUUUCAUACGAGAGAACAGCUGCGUUAUACAAAGAAAUACACAUAGACGUACCAGCUUUAUUUCUACCAUCGACCGUUCUAGACUGGCUGUUUGCGAAGAACAACGCACCACCGGAAGAUAUACUAGAGGAUAUUUCUAUCCUUGUGUGGAUUCCAAUCGAAGAUGUGAAAAAGUACUUCGAGCUAAAAUGCGAAAAAAUGGAGAAGGAUUUCAAGACAGAUAUCGCAAGGGAGACUUGGCGAGAUCACAAGUUAUACAAAAUGUCUGUAGAAGAGUUGCAACAACAAUGCAAAAAGAAGUCUCUGCCAUCAUCGGGACAAAAGUACCAGCUGGUAAAAAGAUUGGCAUUGGCAAGUGGAGAAACAGAACGAAGCACAUUCAAACCAUCAUACAGUGGGAAAUUAUCAUCGUUACCAAAGUCUCUAAGUGAACUUAAAAAAAUGUCACUUCCGAGAAUAAAAUAUAUUUUAAAGUCUCACGCAGUUUCCUUCGCUGGCAACAAAGAUGAGCUUGUUCUACGAUUGUAUCUUAUGAUCCACGGACGUUUCCAAUUGGUGUCUUACGAGCCAGAAAAGCAGCUAAAACAAUGCAUCGAAACUGCCAAGCGAAUUAUAUCGCUCGAGAUUCAGCAAUCUAUAUUGGCAUGUCAUGACAUACGCAGAAUCCGCACUUACAGUACCCCGUCGUGCGAGAAAUCAAAAAUUAAGAUCCUUCAAAUAUACAUGUGAUUACUGACCUACACAAAUUGUUUUCGGCUUUGCUAAUGUAUGUGAGACAUCCGUUUCGUAGAGAUGAUGAUGACUCUACUGAAGAACCAGAAGGAAAUAUGAAAGAGAGUUGUGAUGAAUAUUAUCAAUAUUUUGAGAUCGGAAGGCAAGUUAAAGUUCGAUGGUCUAAGGAGGAAAUAGGAGACACUGGAUGGAAAGCUGGUUGGUACAGUGCAGAGGUCCAAGAAAGCAAUUUAUCUUUGGACGAAAUCACCAUUAUUUACGUAUCAGAGCCCGAGUCAAUAUAUAAAGUUGAAGUGACCCCACUAUUAGCCAAUGGAAAAUUGAAACUAAGUUGA